CAAAAUGAUUCCAAUGUUAGUUCUGGUCUCACCUCAUUCGUGGAGUCUCACACAGAGGUCUACAGAUAAUUAAUGGCGGGGUUUGCAAGGAUUCUAACCAAGUAUUUUCCAAAAGGAAUGUGGUAUCGAAAUUUUACUCAGAAAACGGUUAAUUUGAAGAGGAACCCAUGGGACUACCCGGCUAUAAAAGGAUCGGAGCAUUGGAGACGGAAAAUCCGCACUGUGUUCAGAGCAAGAGAUACAGACGGUGAUGGAUAUCUCACUAAAAAAGAUUAUGAACUGAGUGUUCAUCGAGUCUCCAGUUACAUGAACCUAAAUGAGAAACAGACGAGUGAAUUACUGAAGAGGAAAAUGUAUUCUUGGGAAAAAGCCUCUGGAGGUUCAAAAAGUUCGCCUGAUUUUCGGUUAUCUGAAGACGAAUACGUGUGCAACGUGCUUGUUCACUACCCUGUAGUAUCGAGGACCAUCGUUGAUAUCGCUUGUUGUGAUUUUGACUCUAUAGAUAUUGACGGUGACGGAUUUAUUUCGCCACAAGAGCACAAGGCCUUCUUUUACGGGUGGGGAAUCCCUGUAAAGCACUCGGCGGAUGUCUUCAAAGUUCUAGACACCGACGGCGAUGGCAAGAUAAGCAGAGAGGAGUUCGUGGAAGGUUUUGUAGAAUAUUUUUUUAGUGAAGACGAAAACAGUCCAUACACUUGUUUCUUUGGACCACUUGUAUCAUAAAGAAAAUCAAUAUUUUCCAAUAUAUGUCCACAUACAGCUCAUUUUAUGUUAUUGGGUUUCCUUUAAAUAUACGCAAUAUUUAAUCAAAAAUACGGACAUGCGUGGUCAUUUUAUUUUGUGAUGAGAAAACAUUAAGUGUAGCUGUAGUUAAGUUUAUCUGUACAUAUCCCCUUUAUAGAAAAAUAUUAAUGUGUAUGCUGCAUCAAAGAUAUAAAACUGUAGCCAGCUUUACCUUAUUCUCCAGAUAUUAAAGUUUUGGUAAUCAUAAGUACUCCUUGUAACAAUCUGUAAUGCAGUCGUAAUUGUAGCUGCUGUUAUGAUAGUCUUAAAUGUUGCAAUCAAUAUUUCAAUUAUUUGUAUUUUAGUAUUGUUCAUUAGUUUUUGUCUAGUAUUGGUGUACAUACAAUAACCACCUCUCACACCCGGUAUUUUGGCGCCCCUGUCUACGUGCCUGCAUUGUAAAUUGUCGCUCUCUUUGACAACGCUAGACGAUUCAAUAACAAUUUUGACCUUAAAGAAAAUCAGUGUAAGAUUUUUUUAUUUUUGACUCAUAAUGGAAUGAUGCUUUUACAGCCAAUUUAUAGAAUCGAAACGAAACUUUAUUUACAAAUAAUAUAUUAACGUACUUUAUUUUGAGUCUCUCAUAGUUCUAUUCAAAAUUGCGUUAUUAUUAUGUUUCAUUAAGUAUCUAUUCUUAUAUGUAUAUGGGUGAGAGUUUAAUGUCGUAAUACAUACAACUGUGUUGAACACAGCAAUCUGACAACCUCGGAUAGGCGUUUGUAAUCAGAUCUUUCAGUGUCUAGAACAUAACGGUUUACCUGUACCAGGCCAACUAUGUCAAACUCAUGACGCUAAGAGCGCUUCACAUUUAUCAUAACAAAGGGCCCAAUUGGCUUCAGGUUUACAGACAGACUGUAUUUUUGGCUGUUGAUUAUGUUAGCAAGAAUAAAUAAUGCUCUUCUAUAAUGUUCGGUGUACAGUUUCAGUUAGGUACACCCGACCAGAAUAUAAACGCAAAGACCCAACUAUAAGUCAAGCGUUAAUUCACAAACACUGAUCAGAACCAGUCUCGUUAUUUUUAACUUGCUUUGUCGGCGUCUCAAAUGUCGCAAGGUGCUAAAAGUUAUCGCCAUAAUCAAAUACAGCUAGUGUAACUAAGAUGGU